CAUGAAUAUGUAUGGAUCGAUGAUAAACAAGGUUAAAUUAAGAAUUUUUCCUAAUUCAAUAAUAUUUUUUCACAGUAUCUGCAUAAAAUCAAAAUUAAAAUCGAUAAAAGAAAUAGUAUUGAAAUCAAACCAAUACCCUGCGGUUUGGUUAGUCCAAUCUCUCAACUAAAGCUUUCGGUUCGGACCGGAAUUGGCCACAGACUACACGGACAAGUCAUAAGUUGACAACCAUUGACCCAUGUUAAGAACCAUCCAGUUCCGAACGCGGGUUUAGUUACUUUACCGUACGACCAAGUCUUUAUUCCGUGUGGAAACCCACACGUAUCUUUUUUAACAUCCAGUAAUAUGUUGCCACGUUACAGGAAUUGUUGCUUUGUUACUGACGUUGCAGAUUGUCACUGGCUUAAUGUCAAUGCGACACACUGUGAAGUGACACAACAGAUCAUAAUAUAUACUUGACACGUGCAUCGCCAUUUUCUAAUUUGUUCAUUGUGAUGCACUAGAUAGAUUGCUUCUCGUUCUCUCGUCUCUCUCUUCAAUUGUUCUGUGUGCAGUGUAUUGAAUUGCUUCAUUUGGUAAUCAAACAUGGCGGGGAGGAAGAGAAGAAAGCUGAAUUCGUUGGCUAUGGUGGCUGUGGAUAGUACAAGGGGGACAACCAAGAGUAAGAGAGAGAAGCUGGAAUUACAAACUUGGUCUGACCUUCCCACAGAACUUCUGGAGCUGAUCUUCUGCCAUUUAACUCUAGAGGACAACAUUCAUGCCUCUGUUGUUUGCAAGAGAUGGCACACAGCUGCGGUUUCUGUCAGAGUGGUAAACCAAUCACCCUGGCUUAUGUAUUUUCCAAGAUAUGGGAAUUUGUAUGAGCUCUAUGACCCAGCACAGCGCAAGACCUAUUCCCUUGAGUUACCAGAGUUGUAUGGGUCAAGAGUUUGUUACACUAAAGAUGGUUGGUUGUUGCUAUUCAGACCUAGAACACAACGUGUUUUCUUCUUUAAUCCAUUUACCAAGGAGUUGAUCAAACUGCCAAGAUUUGAAUUGACUUAUCAGAUAGUUGCUUUCUCUGCUUCUCCAACCUCUACCAGCUGCAUUGUUUUUACAGUUAAGCACAUCAGUCCCACAGUGGUUGCCAUCAGCACUUGUCAUCCUGGGGCAGCCGAAUGGGUAACAGUAAAUUAUCAAAAUCGCUUGCCUUUUGUUAGUAGUAUUUGGAACAAGAUUGUUUUCUGCAGUGGACUCUUUUACUGUCUAAGUCUCACAGGUUGGCUAGGUGUUUUCGACCCAGUGCAACGUACUUGGAAUGUUCUUGUUGUGCCUCCACCUAAAUGCCCUGAGAAUUUCUUUGCUAAAAAUUGGUGGAAAGGAAAAUUUAUGUCAGAGCAUAAUGGAGACAUCUUAGUUAUUUAUACAUGUUGUAGUGAAAACCCAAUUAUAUUUAAGUUGAAUCAGUCAAAUAUGAUGUGGGAAGAGAUGAAGACACUUGAUGGGGUGACGCUGUUUGCCAGUUUCUUAUCAUCUCAUUCUAGAACUGACCUCCCUGGAAUAAUGAGAAACAGUAUCUACUUCUCUAAAGUUCGCUUCUUUGGAAAGCGUUGCAUAUCAUACUCUCUGGAUGACUGUAGAUACUAUCCUCGCAAGCAGUGUUAUGACUGGGGAGAGCAAGAUCCUUUUGAGAAUAUCUGGAUUGAACCACCUCAAGGCCUCUCAUCAUUCAUCUGAGGAACACCAUAAGGUGAUUCAAGUAUUGAGUGCCCAAUGUUUGCCUAUAAAUAGAGCAAGCAUUAGCAAGCAGCCUUUAGAAAAGCACUCUGUUUUGCUGCAUGGAUUGUCUGUGUACAUGAAGCAUUAAAGUUCAUGCGAUGUUGAGGGAUGGAAUUUAUACCUUGAAGAUAAUACUAAUGCAGUUUAGACAACCUAAUUUGUAUUUUGAUCUGAAUCCUAUAUGUAUGCUCUUUAGUGCAUCCUCAGCUUAGUUGAUCAAAUACGUUUCAGAUAUAUAUUUUUGUCCACUAUAUGUCAUCUUCCUUUGUGUCUUCUCA